UGCAAGAAGCUGCCAGUGUAGACGUAGCCAUAGAGUCUUCUGGCUGCCCCAACCUGUAGGAGCCAGCAGGAAAGGGGAUAUACUGCUGUUUCUGAGCUGAGGCUCAUAAGGGGCAAGGCAAGCCCCAGCACACGCUUUCCAGCAGGAGCUCGAGAGCCAGAUUAAAAUGGCUGGUGGACCGAAUGUAGCCCACCAGCUAGGGUUUGUCCACUUCUGUGUUAUGCAAACUUCCCUGAGCGCUACAGACCCAAGGCCUGCUGCAGCUGUCCCCCAAUUCUCCAUUUGGAAAAAGCUUCAUCCUCCCUUCACCCCAAUGCAAACUGGUGCAUCUGUCCCCUGCCCUCCACGCCAUCUCAUGAAUGCUCCUCCCACACACAUUUUGUUCAGACCUCAGUGUCCCCGUCACUUCUCCAACACUGCAGUUUCCUCCCAUUUGCACAGCAUGUUUCCCAGAAUGUUAUCUCACAGCACAGUGCCCUCUCCCUUGUCUCCAUCAUGGAUGGCCAACAGAUCGUGCCUCCCUUCUCACACUGGCUCCACUGUUACCAAGAUUUAAAAAACAUAAAUCUGCCUCCUCUCCCCAAAUAAUGACAAUUGUGGCCUUUGCUUUAAUUUGUUCUGAACCUUUAUGGUGCACUUGCAGUCUGUUUUCAAGCCUUGCUGCUGAGCUUCUAGGGUUGGAAACUUGAUUUUUUUUUUAAGUGGACGCUGCAAUUUAUUUUUUUCUAUUCUAGCAGAUGCAGAGUUGGGGUGGAAGAGAAGGCUACCAUCCCCCAGCCCUUCUCUCACAAUGCAGUCAGGAGUUAGCAACACUGGACUGAUAAGCUGGUUUCUUUUCUUCUGUUCCUGGAUAAAUGUUCAGUAAUUGGCAGCCUGGCCAACAUGAAUCACUUGGAGCACAAUUAACUGUGAAAACAGAUCAUAGAACAAAAGGAUUAUGGAAGAGAUCACAGUGCUUGACAGACCAGGACUGUAAUGCUAGCAAAUUCUGCCUCAAGCCAGAGGACAAAGCAUCUUUCUGUGCUACCUGUCGUGGGUUACAAACUAGAUGUAAGCGUAAUGCUAUGUGUUGCCCAGGGACUGUCUGUCUAAAUGAUGUUUGCGGCCAGACUGAAGAGGUGAUCCCAACAGAAGGGAGGAGGACUGACAGACAAGAUGGUUCUGAUGCAAAAGGGUCAACUCAGCACCAGAUCCAAGAAAACUCUAAAAAAGGACUUGUCAAAUCUCAAAGCAGUAAAGGUCAAGAGGGAGAAAGCUGCCUUCGCACAUCAGACUGUGCCUUUGGGUUUUGCUGUGCUCGCCAUUUCUGGACCAAAAUCUGUAAGCCAGUUCUCAGCGAAGGGCUGGUCUGUUCCCGCCGGGGAAACAAAGAUGUUGCUCAAGGACCAGCAAUUUUCCAACGCUGUGAUUGUGGCCCUGGUUUAUCUUGCCAGUCACUGGUCACUGGGAUGCCACAACAGUCUCGCUUAAACAUCUGCCAAAGAAGCUGAAGAGCCAAUAAACACUGGAUCCAGAGAGGGAAUAAGGGAUUCGCAGUCUACUCCAGAGUCAAUUUAUACACUGUUCUAUAAAACUAUCCCUAAUCUUUCCGAGGACAACAGAGCCCUGCAUGAGAGAAAACAUCCAGUCUAAAGUACAAUCUGGGAGCUGGGCAACCCUAGAUGUACAUUUUGUUCAUAUACUGGUGCACCCUUGUGGCUGAACUGAGCAGGUAUCAAAUCCUUACAAAAUUGCUCUGCUUUCCAAAAGCCCAAGGGAUAGCAAACAAAAAGAUUCCUCCUCCCCAAACUAUCUACGAUCCUUUUUUAUAGCUAUCAUAGCUGUAGUAUCUGUACAAAUUAUAAAGUUUUACAAUUGGUUCCCAAUUAUGUAGUCAUUUACUAAAAUAACUAUUAUAUACUUUCACAGGAAUCACAA